CUCAGAUUUUCAUCCAUCAUCGACACGAUUCACGAUUUCCCGCUGAGUCAAACCGGAACUCGAUCUUCCUCAUCGUCAUUCUACAACACUGAUCGGAGGUGCAAUUGAUUCAGGAGAUGGGUUUGUGGACUUUACUGGAGGGUUGUCUGCUUAUUGCCAAUGCAUUAGCAAUAUUAAACGAGGACCGUUUCCUAGCACCCAGAGGUUGGAGCUUUCAGGAGUAUUCCGGGGUUAAAAGGAAUUCGCUCAAAGGACAGAUCAUCGGUCUCAUUUACGCCACCCAGUACUUACGAGUUCUUCUUAUGAUCCUCAACUCCCUUUGCAUUGUCGUAAAGCUUGUUUCUGGUUGAUUAUGGAAAUGGAGAUGCAUAUACAAUGAGUAGGAAGUUAAGUUUUAUGUUUUUUUUUGCUUUUGUUUGUAUUGUUUUUGGUUCCUUGUAUCUGGAUUUACAAAUUUCAAGCGUACUUGUUUUUCUCUCUUUCACAAGCCGACAGUUUUCAUAGAAACAACUGCUCUACUAUAUAAGGUAGAGGUCAGGCAUGCAUGCAUCUUACCGGAUCACAGGAAGUUGAUUUUUUCCACCAAAAGGUCAUUGACCGAACGUUAUCUUGGGUUAUGUAUAGGUAGAUCCUAAAGGGGUUCAAGAACAGAUGUUAAUGUUGAGAGGGGUAAAAGGGUAAUUUUUGUUUGGCAGGUUUGCAUUUCCCUCAUUCCAUGAGCAAUAAUAAUGAAAUGAGGAGGUACAUUGUUAGUUCU